AGAUGACUACAACAAAAGCUUGCAGUCUAGCUUUGAUCUCGCGUUUCUUCCUCGAGAUUUUAGACAACGUAAAGGUUCCAGUUAGAAAAGGUUUCACGCCACAGGUGACCACUUCUGCAGCGUGUUUCUAGCACUCCUUUCAAAAACACGGAAACCAAUACACCUACAAACAAUUUAGAAAAACCAAACUCAAACCCCCCCUCCCCGCGCAGCCGAGACAUUCACGGGGGUCUUUAUCCGAACCCACUGAGCUUCAUAAUGAAGCACGUCAGUGACCUCCUGAUGCAUUCUGUCAUCCGUGCACCUCUGAAAUCCUCAAGGAUGAGGCUCGCGCUACAGCUGUGAUAGAUGGUCGUUGUCACACCUCCAGAGCUCCACACCCCGCCGGUUGGGUUUCGCGCAGCAAGAAAAUCGCAUCACUGGAAACGAUAGCAAUGCUCUGAAAUCAAACUGCAACGGCAGCCGCUGUAACAUCUUGUCCUUCGCCUGCUUUGGAUUUUUUUUUUAACGGCUCACCGCCCGACAAACACACGGACUUCAGAGGAUUCGAGGACAAUGGAGCUGUCAGAAGAUGACAUGCAGAGAUGUGUGAUGAAUUCUUGGAAUCUGCAUUCCCCUUUAUAUCUGCGCUAUCCUUAGCAAAGAACAGCCCGGCGUAACCAUGGCAACAGCAGCAUCCUCUGAGUAAUGUUUUUACAGGAGAGUUUUUCACUCAAUGGGAGCUCACAAGGCCGCGGUGAAGAUUCAGCUAUGACUUUCCAGCCUCGGAUGGAUAAUACCUGGUAACGGCUGCCAUGUUUGCAUGCAAUGGCAGCUCACUGGAGGGGUGCGGCCUUCUGGAACCAACAGACACCGAGGUGCAAGAAUCUGACUCCGCCCUCAUGCCCACCACUCUCAGGGUGGCGCUGGCUGCCAUCAUGAUCUUCAUGAUCACCAUCGGCUUCCUCGGCAAUGCCAUCGUGUGUCUGAUCGUGUAUCAGAAACCGGCCAUGCGUUCGGCGAUCAAUCUGCUCCUGGCCACGCUGGCUUUUUCAGACAUCAUGCUGUCUCUGCUGUGCAUGCCGUUCACCGCCGUCACCCUCGCGACCACGGACUGGAGCUUCGGAGCGGGAUUCUGCCGCGUAUCCGUCAUGCUCUACUGGCUGUUUGUUCUGGAAGGCGUGUCUAUACUCCUGAUCAUCAGCGUCGAUCGCUUCCUCAUUAUAGUUCAGCGGCAGGACAAGCUGACGCCCCAUCGGGCCAAGAUUCUCAUCGCCGCUUCGUGGGCUCUGUCGCUCUGCGUGUCCCUACCGUCUGUGGUCGGCUGGAGGACGGCAGGGAUCGGGGCGCAAGUGCCGCAGUGCAUUCUGGGAUACAGCGAAUCGCUGGCGGACCGGGGUUACACGGUUCUGCUCGCGGUCGCCGUGUUUUUUGUGCCCUUCGGUGUGAUGUUGUAUUCUUAUCUGUGUAUCCUCAACACGGUUCGACGCAACGCGCUGCGCAUCCACAACCACACCAGCGAGGGCAGCGUCGCCAUUAACCACGUGAGCAAGUUGGGUUUGACCGGGCUGCAGCGACCCCAGGUCAACGUGGACAUGAGUUUUAAAACCAGGGCCUUCACCACUAUCCUCAUCCUAUUCAUUGGCUUCUCUGUGUGUUGGCUGCCACAUACGGUGGUGAGUCUGCUGGCGGUGUUCAGUAGACGCUUCUACCUCAGCCCGGCCUUUUACCCCAUCAGCAUCGGGGCGCUGUGGUUGAGUUACCUCAAGGCCGUCUUCAACCCGGUCAUAUACUGCUGGAGAAUACGCAAGUUUCGCGAAGCCUGCCUGGAGUUCAUGCCCAAGACCUGCCAUCUCUGUCCCAAGAUUCCUGGGCGAAGUCGCAGGCGGAUAAGACCCAGCAAUAUCUACGUGUGCAGCAGCGAGACCCAGUCUUCUGUUUAGGGUCUGCACCAAAGCGUAGCCUAAUCGAGAUAAUGUUUAGCUACAAAAAAAAAAAAGUCACGGUUUCAAAGAACACUUACGAACUGAAAACUUGACAAAUAACUCCUCCGAUCGUAAUCUGCGGUGAUGAAGGAAACAGCAUCCGCUGUCCGAAAUUCAUCAGAGCAAUAUUUAUAUGUGUUCCCCGAGGAGCUUUCUUUUUCUGUUGGAAAGAUUUGACUUGCUCUGCAGUUUUGUAAAACAUGAGAAAAUGUAAAAUAAAGUAACUAAACCAGUGCUUUUUGAUAUUAUUUAUUUAUGGUUAAGUUUUUUUUAUUGCAUUCCUAUGUUAUGCAUUUAACUGACAUUUUUAACCAAAGCAACUUACAGUGCAUUGAAGCUGUACAUUUUAUCUGUCUGUGCAACCCACCGGAUAACAAACAAAUGACCUUUUUUUUCAGUUUCAGUUAUACGGUAAACAUUCAAGCUGUGCUUGUCAGUAAUAUUAACCAUCUUGAGUUUACACCAGUCCCAGAUUGAUACUGCAUUUUUUAAAAUAAAUAAAUAAUUAAAUGUUGAUCCUAAA